AGGGACCCCACCAUCUCAGAGGUUGGGAAAGGGACGGCUGCCUGCGCUCAGUCCUGUGAUAACUAGCCUUACCUUGACUCCAAUCCUCCCUGGAGCCCAGAGGAAGCCUAUGAAUGAAGAGAUGCCUGGCACGUUUUGUGAAUGGGAUACUGGAAUGACUGGAGGCUGACGUAAUUUGAGCACCUAGGCUUUCAAGUCCUACCUCAGAUUGGGUGGAUUGGUCAAGAGGCUUUCUGAUUGGCUGGCAAGAGCUUUUCAACCGCCUACACUCAUCUGCCUGGCGGUAGAUAUAAACCAUGAAGGCUUCAGCAUUGGACAGCAACAGGAUUAGAAGCUCAACUCCAGCAGAAACCUGCCUCUCAGCUACCAGGGCUGCAGUUCUUCAGGAAACCUUGCUUCCCCAGAGGACGAGAUGAUCCUCCUAAAGCUCUCUUCCUUCUUGGCUUUCUUUGCCUUGGUUGUGUGCCAGAUGGACAGCCUCCAGGCUGCUCCAUUCAGGCCUGGUUUUGAGUCUGCCAUGCCAGACCACGUGACUCUCAGUGAUGAUGAAGCUCGGCACCUGCUGAAUGCUUUGGUGAAGGAGUUUGUGCAGAUGAAAGCUGACGAGCUGGAUCAGGUGACUGAGGACAACAGCCUGAACAGACCUAGAUCUAAGCGGUGCAGUAAUCUGAGUACCUGUUUGCUGGGCAAGCUCUCGCAGGAACUGCACAGGCUGCAGACUUACACUCGAACUGACGUCGGGGCCCGAACUCCUGGCAAGAAACGAGAUGUUCUGAGCGACCUGGAGAAUGACCGUUAUGCCAACUAUGAGGAUGCCCUGGGGAGCAACUAGACUCGCUUGGCUUUCUGCCUUUCCCUGUGUCAUCUUCUUAACUUCCUUUCUAAUUUCCUUCCUCCUUAACUUGCUUCCUUUCGGGCUUUACCUUGAUGCAUGUAUUAUUAUUUUUCUAACCCAUGAUUGCUGAUUCUGCUGUGUUCAUUAGAUAUAACUGCCGACAGAGAAUGUUUGAGACUCUGAAGGGAGAAGGGCAAAGAUUAUGCACAGAGCAGUCCAGGUUGUGUGUGUGGGGAGCAUUCAGACUUCUAUCUAAUGGGUGAAUCAAUUGAAAGAGCUACUAGAGGGUACCACUCGUUGUCUAGGACCUUUCCCUUCCAAAGGACACUCUCCGGUUCAGGUUGCCAAGUGUACCCAUGAGCACAGCUGCCAUGCUUAGCCAUGUUGAAUAAACCUAUUUUUUUGAAAAGGC